UUUACAAAGCCCCUUAUUACAAAGUGGCGCCCAACGUGGGGCUCGAAUAAAAAACGCGUGUGUCAAUUUGUGCUAUAACCAAGUGCAAAAUUCCGCUAACCAGAGCCCAAACACUCAACAUGGCUAUCACAGCCGAGGCAGUCCAAGAACUAAUCCGGAACGUACAAAUUCCGCCUCAAACGAAGCAUUUCACACAUUGCCCUGCCCGUUUCAAUGGGACCAGAUCAGCUGAAGCAGUUAACGACUUUAUUGCCAGUACUGGCUUUUACAAAGAAACCGAGGACAUCAAAGACGAAAAUGCGCUGAGGGGUUUACCACUUCUUCUGGAGGGACCAGCCCACACCUGGUGGACAGGAGUAAAGAAUACCGUCAACACGUGGGAAGAAGCCAAAGAUCUUAUAAGGAACGAAUUCGCUCCUAGACCGCCGGUCUACAAAAUUUAUCAGAAAAUAUUUUCCGAACCACAGGACGUGGACACACCAACUGGUCUAUUUGUGUUCGAGAAAAGAGCCUUACUAGCUCAAAUCCACCCGCCCGACUCAGAGGCCCGCCAAAUCGACUUCAUUUACGGUCUUCUACGACACGAGAUACGUGACCGAACAACGAGAAGUUCGAUUACCAGCUUCUCACAAUUAUUACAAAUAAGUCGAGAAAUAGAAGAAUCUAUUAGAGAACGAAGUGAUGACAACAAGAGCCAACUUUCCACCGCACAAAAGGGGAAAGAAAAUCGGAAGACAGCAGGCAGAUGCGAAUUCUGUCGCGCUUUUGGACACAGCAUCGCCGUAUGUCGUAAAAAAGAAAAACAAGAGAAACUAAAACCUGGUAACAGCGCACAAACAGCAAAUACAGUACAAUGCUAUGGAUGCGGCAAACCAGGGGUAAUUCGCCGAAAUUGUGAAAACUGCAACCAAAAACCAGCGCCAGACACCGGAUUUUGA